GGUAUCUGAAGGAGUUUCUGUAAACUCUCUUCAUUUUUUUUUUAUGGAAAUUGGUGCACUAGAACAGACCAUCUCUCAUAAGAAAAUAGUUGUAAUAUCUCUCUCGAGGCAAUGGCCAGUGGUCAAUGACUAACCGUGUAGUUUUAGAUCCUUGUAAUUUAUAUUGCCUUUUUGAAAAAAAGAUCAUAAUAUCCGAUUAUGUCGAAGUGCUUCAAGGUUUCAAGCUAUGGCUAGUGCGAUAUUGAAGGUUUCAAGCUAUGGCUAGUGCUUCAAGGUUUCAAGCUAUGGCUAUGAUUAUGCAUCAGAGAUGACAUUGAGGACUAUGGAGCCAAUUUGUUGAAACUAAACUUAGUAAUCGUAGGGCAAGUUGUUCACCCAUGGGUUGAAUUAUCCAAAAGAAAAAAAGUUCUCUGUCUAUGUUUUUUUUAAUGAGCAUAGGGCUAUGUCUAGUCAACCAAGUCAUCUUAGAUUGGGCUCAAUUUGGUAGGAUGAAUCAAGCAUGAUCAACCUAAAAUAUACUAGAUUAGAAACAGGGGCAAGGCAAGGCUUAGUUUCCAUACACAAUCAACUUAAAUUUUACAUUUUUCUCUUAAUAUAUGUUUAAAAUUUACUAGUAAUUCUAAUAUUUUUCCAAGCAGAGUAUCCUUAGACAAGAGAUACAGGUAGCCUAUCCUUAGACAAGAGAUACAGGUAGCCUUUUACAUAUUCGAUCACAUAAGAAUCUCAUAGACCGACAUGCUCACAUCCUCAUCUAAUCUUUUUUUUUUUCAUUUUUCUCAAUUUUGUGCACAUUUUCCAUUAUGAGGAGCAAAAUACAUGCGAGCUUGCAGUUCGACUAUCUUUCUUCCAUAUUUUCUACCUUAUCACUUCUUCAAUAUCUUGAUUUGUAAUCUCUGAUCCAAAUUGGAGAUCUUUGAAUACCUUUGGCGAGAAUCGUAUCUAAGUUUUAUCUAAUUGAAAAAUAUAUUAUAUUUAAAUAGUUCCAAAAGAGGCAUAUAUAUUUUUUUUUUCUACAUCCAAUCAUUAUUUUGUGUAUCGAAAUUAUCACUCCAUUCAAUACAAUAGACAAUGGUGCCAUUGACUGAGUAUGAUCCAUUCCUAGUAUAAUGGAUGAAAACACCCACACAAAUGUCUUUGCCAAAAUUUAGGCUAUGUCGGUUAUUCGUCUAAUAAAAGAGAGGGACUCGAGGAUUGAUAUAGAUAGAAGAUUGACAAAAUUUGCCUAUAGUAAUAAACUAGAAUGCCAUAUAAAUUUCAAAUAAGGUAUGGAUAUAACCAAGUUAACUAUAUCAUGUUAUCAUCCAAGUUGUGUUUGCGAGACUCGAACUAAAAGUGCAUAUGAUGCAUGAAAUUCCCCAUUUUAUGAUAGGAUACAGUGAUCAAUUGGCUGCCAAUUUCUGCUAAGUUGCAUGUGUUGCAUCUAAUCCAAAUAUUCCUAGAAUAAGUAUAUUAUGCAUUAGCUAUACUGGUUCAUGACUAAUCCUCUACUUUCUUAAGUCUGUUGAGAGCGAGAGAAGUUAAGAGAGCCUUCCAUGAUUCUGAAGUUGUACAGGAGUUCGAGUGGGAAGAAAAAAAUCCAAAAAAAAAAAAAUCAGCCAUUGAUCAUGACCAUUUCACAGGCUGGCCCCCGCAAUUCUAGGUAAAAUGAACAGCAGAUCUAGGAGAUCGCAUGUAACUAUUUACGCGCAAGUCCGGAUAGGAUCUAGGUCGAAGCCAGUGCACCCACGCGAAUUCUAUACGGAAUCUCGCGUAGGAGUACGUUCCGUUCUUGCCCCUCUCCUCCUCGCUGGGAGUCGGAAUCCGCCCAAGCCUAACCCUUAUCUACUCUCCAUCAAUCCGCCGGUGACUAAGAACCCUAGGAGAUCGGAAAAAUCCGUUCUCUAUCUUCUUCUCUCCAUUUUGAUCCAGAUAUCAUUUUUUUCCUGAUUUUUUGGAUCAUUUUCUUCACUUUAGGGACCAAUUGAAUCUCGGGGUAUCAAGUUUUCUGUUUUUAAUCCUUAAAUCGAAGAUUAACGUCGCUUCCUAUGAUUCUUCUCUGAAAGUCAUUGCAUUAUACGGAGCUUUGGAUUGUCCACCCUUUAUUUUCAUCUUCUAAGCUGGAGACAAGGGUGUGGUGAUUUAUCUUUUGGAUCCAGUUUUUCAUUGGUUACCAAUUCAUCUUAAACUGAUACAGUCAUGCAUCAGCACUGCAUGUGACUCAAGUGAGAAAUUCCCAAAACAAAUACGUGGUUCCAACUCAACCUUCUUUUGUUGCCUGCUUGGAACACUUUGUUUGCUUAUUUGCUUACUUCUCAGAUUUAACUGUUAGUUUGCGACAGUUGUUUCUCACAUUGGCUGCUGUACAUUACUUUCAGCUAGUGGCUAACUUUUUCAUUUUCAUCUCAGGAAUGGACUCAUCUGGUUUUUCGAUUCAAAAAAAAACUUUUUUUGAGGUUUGAUCCUGGCUUUGCCUUAUCGGAAUUGAAUUAGAUUCUCCUCAAUUUGUUCAGUGGAUCGCCUAAAACGGUAGAAAAAGAAACAACUUUUGAUCGAAGAAUCUUUUUCACUAGUUUCCACUGGACUGAGAAAUUUAUAGUGGCGGGUCACUCUGUCAUUGCUACUGCUCCAGAAUCGAUAUAAAAGAACUGGAAUUUCCGAUGAAAAGGGGAUCGUGAUGCGUAGAGUGGUUCCUUUUAUGCUCUUAUUUGAUUGUGUGCAUUUGGAUUAGAGAUGGGUCUUCUCUGUCAUCUCCAUCCCCUAAAAAAGACGGCAAGAAAUGCUGUUAAUUCCUCUGAUAAAUUCACAAAGUUCGUUUCUUGGCGCAAGAUUCCUCAUAACCCUGCUGUUUUUGUUAACUCUAUCAAUCCUUUUCCCAGAUUAUAUGAUGGAAUUUCAAAUGAGAGUUCGAUGCCUAUCAGCAAGCAAAUGCGCCAACACAAUGGCAGUCAAUUUGAGUUUCGUGGAAUGAGCUUUCUUUUUGUUUUUCAGAAAUCCAUUCACAAUUUGUCAAAAACCCAAUUUUUUGUUGAGCCUGCAUCUGCCGAGGAAACCCCAACUUCAGAUAGCAGGCAAAUCUCCAAGGAUGCUGAAAAGAUUUGUAAGAUUUUCUCCAACCAUUCCAAUUAUAGCAUACCAUCUUCCCUAGAUGAAGCCGGAGUAUCAGUUUCACCCGUCCUUGUGGCAGAAAUCCUUAAGAAGCUAAGCAAUGCAGGGAUGCUUGCACUUGUGUUCUUUCGUUGGGCCGAGAAGCAGCAAGGUUUCAAGUACAGCACUGAGAGCUUCCAUCAUCUAAUCGAAGCACUUGGCAAGAUCAAACAGUUUAGAUUAAUCUGGAGCUUGGUGGAGUCUAUGAGGCAGAGGGGUCUGUUGACCAAAGAUACCUUCGCAUUGAUCACUCGGAGGUAUGCCAGAGCUAGGAAGAUCAGAGAAGCCACUGAAACUUUUGAGAAGAUGGGUGUGUAUGGCUUGAGUCCGGAAUUAUCAGACUAUAACUGGUUGAUUGAUAUUAUGAGCAAAUCCAAGCAUGUUAAGAAGGCCCAGGAGAUCUUCAAUGACAUGAAGAGGAGGAGAAGAUUCAGUCCUGACCUGAAGACCUACACCAUUCUUUUGGAAGGUUGGGGGCACGAACUGGACUUGAAGAGGUUGAAGGCAGUUUAUCAAGAAAUGAUCGAUGAAGGCUUCAAACCGGAUGUUGUAACCUAUGGGAUACUUAUAAAUUCUUUCUGCAGGUCUAGAAGAUGCGAUGAGGCCAUAAAGAUCUUCCAUGAGAUGGAGGCAAAGAAUUGCAAGCCAAGUCCUCACAUAUAUUGUACUCUAAUCAAUGGCUUGGGUUCCGAGAAAAGAUUGAGUGAAGCUUUGAAGUACUUUGAGCUAUCUAAAGCUAGUGGUUUCGCCCCUGAAAUACCCACUUAUAAUGCUGUAGUGGGUUCUUACUGUUGGGUUAUGCGAUUUGAGGAUGCUUUUAGAAUGGUGGAUGAAAUGAAGAGAUGCGGGAUUGGUCCGAACACCCGUACUUAUGACAUAAUUCUGCAUCAUCUUAUAAAAGCUGGCAAGAUAGAAGAUGCCUAUCAGGUUUUCCAGAGGAUGGGCAGGGAGGCCGGUUGUGAGCCCCUGCUUAAUACAUAUACUAUGAUGGUUAGCAUGUUCUGUACCGAGGAAAGAGUAGAUAUGGCUUUGAAAGUAUGGAAGCAGAUGACCGAGAGGGGAGUUCUUCCUUGUAUGCACAUGUUCUCAGCAUUGAUCAAUGGACUAUGCUAUGAAAACAAGCUGGAUGAUGCUUGCAAAUACUUCCAAGAGAUGCUGGAUAAGGGGAUUAGACCUUCAGGCCAGUUGUAUAGUAAAUUAAAAGAAACUCUUCUUGAUGGUGGAAGGAAGGAUUUGGCCAUUGAUAUGGGUCUGAAGCUGGAGAAACUAAGGAAGACCCCACUACAAGGUUAAGGAUAAUGGUUAAUAGUACUGCACAAGUUUUUUCACAGUUUGACAUGUUAUCCUUCCAAAUGUUAUUCGUCAAGCAUAUUUGGCUGCCUAGAAAAAAAGGCGAAGCCGUGCUUCCCAGGUGGAUGAAAACAUCACAAUUUGUUCAGUAUUGUUACCAAUAUUUGCGAAAUAUAUGGAACAGCAUGAGUAUAUCAAGAAGUUUCUGAAGCUACUGGAUUUUUUUCUUUUUAUAGCCAUUAUACUGUCUCAGGCAGCUUAACAAGGUACAUCAUUACCAGGGAGAGUCAGUAAAAGCUGCAUAGGUUUAGGGUAUCUGUAAACUCUCUUCAUUUUUAGGGCAUCAAUGAUUCCGCUUGGAUCUGAAUUGCUUAUUAAUGGGAACUCUGUAUUGACUUUCUGCUUUUUUGGGGAGCACUGUUCAUGGAAGUACCACAGCCAUAUAAUCUCAUGUAGAGUGUUUUCUCAUCUAAGGUUCUCUUUUUGUGUUACAUAUAUUCUGAACAUAAAUUUGUUUGUAUUGUCAAUGUCUUAGCUAUUUCUGUCAAUAGACAAAAUUUCUGUCUGAAGUAAUUAUAGUUGCUUCAUUUCUGAAGCAGAUAAAGUUGUGUUUAGUUGCCCAUAGAAUGCAAAAUGUCGCAUAAAUUUUGGCCCAA